UUUUAACAAGUUUUUCUGCAUGCACGUGCCAACAUUAUGUCAAAAAUGACAUUCUGUCUGUAGAUUAUCUAAUUCCUAACCUCAAAAAUAUUUGCUUACACCCGAUCAUACUUCUAAGAAAACUGCCUUUAAAAUGAGUUAUGAUCUACAGAAUGAAGAGAGUGUUAAAGAAUACUUAGAGAAUUUGGGUAUCGAAUAUAGAUUCGGAUGUUAUCACGAAAAAAAGCCCGAAGUUUGCCAUCUACUAGCAGAUUAUUUCGAAGCAAUCAAAAAAGACUUCGAAAAAGCUGGCAAAGUCUACCAAACUAAUUGUGAUGACUCCGGACAUGGUAAAUCUUGUUUCAAAUUUGGCAGCUACUCUCUUCUCGGUAAGGGUGUGAAAAAAACUGAUCACAAAACGGCUGUGAACUACUUCGAGAAAGGAUGCAAAUCUGGUGAUCCUGAUGCUUGUCUAUAUGCUGGUCUUAUAAGAACAUCUAAUACGCCAAUUCCUGAAGUGGAUCACCAAUUUGAAAAUGGUCUUCGAAUGCUAGAAAAAAGCUGUGAUAGUAAAAAUGGCAAUGCUUGUUAUUAUAUGUCCGGAUUAUACAUGUCGGGUUAUGAUAGCACUAAAUUUGCUAAUAGAACAAGUGAAAAGGACUCAAAGAAUAUUUCCAAUUUUAAACUCUUGAAAGAUAUGAAAAAAGCAUUUGAAUUUUCAGAGAAAGCUUGUGCAUUACGAAAUAUUUAUGCUUGUGCUAAUUUAAGUCAAAUGUAUCGACGAGGAGAUGGUGUAGUUCAGAAUGAUGAACUUGCAGAUAAAUUUAAACAAUUAACUUUAGAUAUGCAAGAUGAAAUAAAAAAGCAGCAACCAGAAUUGUCUUUCCAACAGUAAUGUUGUUUGUAUAUUUUUUUUAUUCAUUAUAGUAAUUAGAAACUAUAAUAUGUAUUAUAAAGUUGUA